AUUGAAGAUUUCUUAUGGUUCAAAUUAUCAUGCAUAAGGGACGUCACUGGUGGAUCUUCAUCUGUGGUCCUGAAUGAUGGCCUUGCACCGUACAGUUUAGAUGAUCUUCAGGCCUAUCUCAAUAAAUUUGAGCCUUCAUACUACACGAAGAAUGGUAAAGACCCCUUGGUAUAUCCAUAUGUUUUGCUUCUCAGCAUUCAGUUGCUACCAGCUAUCAUGCACUUAUCCAAAGAAGCAGGAGAUGGAGGGUAUAAUAUCGAUGCUCUUCAUAUAGCUAUUUGUCUAGUGGACCAUUCCGUUUUAUCAGAAGGCUCUGGGACUGGCCACAAACUAAGUGUGAUGGAUCCUAAUGCUGAGGCAUCUAGCAUGAUAAGGCAAUAUGGGUCAAUGUUUUUGCAUCAUGGAGAUUUCCAAAUGGCGGUAGAGUAUUAUGCACAAGCUGCUGCUACUGUAGGUGGGGGACAAUUAGCUUGGUCUGGAAGAAGUAAUACGGAUCAACAGAGGCAGAGAAACUUUAUGCUGAAGCAGCUGCUGACUGAGAUUCUGCUUCGAGAAGGUGGCCUUUACUUUAUGCUUGGGGAAAGAGGUUCUGGUGAAGAAGGUCAGCUUGGAAGGUUUUUUACUGAUUCUAGAUUGCGACAGCAGUUCUUGGUUGAAGCUGCGCAUCAAUGUCAGGAAGCUGGAUUAUAUGACAAAUCCAUAGAAAUACAGAAGAGAGUCGGUGCAUUUUCGGCUGCCUUGGAAUCUCACUCCAUCGAUGAGACCUCUGAGUGGCGUACCUUUGCUAAUGAGUCUUCCAACAGCGAUCCCAACCGUGUCGGUGGUCCAACCAACCCUCUUCUCGCCGAUAGUGCUCUCACCACUGUCAUCGCCAAGCCCAAUGGUUCCUCCCGUGAUUUCUUUUCUUCUUCUCUCGGGAGGUGGCAGAACCGUAACUCCAACUCCGAUCGUGUUUUGAUUCAAACCGUUAAAACUAUCGCCACCAUGUCUGAAAGGUUGGGACUUGUUGCGACUAUCAAGGAUCGGGCUAAUGAGAUAUAUAAGAGGUUGGAGGAUCAAAAGUCAAGCAGGGGAAGAAAUCAGGAUGCACUUUAUGCAGCCUGCCUGUACAUUGCCUGUCGACAGGAGGACAAGCCCCGAACUAUUAACGAAAUAUGCGUUAUUGCCAAUGGGGCAACAAAGAAGGAAAUUGGCCGAGCCAAAGACUACAUUGUUAAAACAUUGGGACUGGAGACUGGCCAGUCUGUGGAACUAGGCACUAUUCACGCUGGUGAUUUCAUGAGAAGGUUCUGCUCUAACCUCGGGAUGUCCAACCAUGCGGUUAAAGCUGCUCAGGAAGCUGUGCAAAAAUCUGAGGAAUUUGACAUAAGGAGGAGCCCUAUAUCAAUAGCGGCAGUGGUCAUUUAUAUCAUAACCCAGCUUUCUGAUGACAAGAAGACUCUCAAAGAUAUGGCCGGAUUUAAAAGAAGAACUCAACUUAGUUACCGCGGGAUUAAAGAUGUCUAUUUCCUCAUGAGCACAAUUUAGAUCACCCAUCAAGAUUACAGGCUUAGACUUCUCUAGCUCCUGUAGAUGCAAAAGGUUCCUUGAGCUUGUGUAAAGACACGUAC